CAUUUAAAAAAAAUUUUUUGACCUGGUAAAAAGCUGCAAUCAAGUUAAAAAUUGUUCCGUAAAAAAUGAUUAUACUGCGUGUUACCAUUUAUGGAUAUGUCGAAGGUGUAUACAAAUAAUUCCUUUGCGAGUUUUUAGAAAAAUAAUUAUAAGUUGUUAUUGAAUUAGUGUUGAGGUUGUAUUGAUUGAAGAUACAUCGUUAUGGCAUGUCCAUACAUUCACAGUGUCAACGGGAACAACGAUGAACACGAGGAAAAUCUCUCUUAUUCGGCGUAUUUGCAGUUGGAUUCAUUAUUACCGUCAGUGAAACCUCUGACAGAUGUCCAUGAUGAGCAUUUGUUCAUCGUUGUUCAUCAAGUUUACGAAUUAUGGUUCAAACAAAUUAUUCAUGAAUUAGAUUCUGUUAAAGAGUUAUUCCUUCAAACGAAAAGGAGCGACGAAUUUCUUGUUAAGAACACGAUGUACAAAUGCAGUCAGGCGAUAGACGAACGGAGCAUGUUAACUGUCAAUUCUCGCUUAACUCGAGUGGUAAAGAUACUGGCCAUUCUGGUUGAACAAAUCAAGAUUUUAGAAACAAUGACACCGAUGGAUUUUGCAGACUUCAGAGACGCGCUUAAACCUUCCUCGGGCUUUCAAAGUUGGCAAUUCAGAGUAAUUGAAAAUAAAAUCGGUGUUAAAAAGGAAAAUAGAAUCAACUACAACAGUACUAAGUACAGUGAUGCGUUUAAAGAUGACGAAAUACGAGCAAAGGUUCUGCUCGCAGAAGAUGAACCUUCAAUCUUUAAUGUCGUGGAGGCAUGGUUGGAAAGAACGCCUGGUCUCAAAGAUGACCACUUUGAUUUCUGGCAAGAGUUUACCGAUAAUUGCCAUAACUGGUUUAAAGAUCAAAAACUUAAAGCUGAGACCGAAUCCAAUCUGAGAAAAAGAGAGAUUUUAAUGACAGAGUAUCAAAAGAAUAAGGAAAAUUUCGAACAAGUGUUAAUAAAAGAGAAUUAUGAAGCUUUAAGACAAAAAGGUGAUCGGAAUUUAUCAUGGCAAGCUUUACAAGGAGCGUUGAUGAUUUAUUACUAUCGUGACGAAGUUCUUUUCCAUGAACCAUUCCAAAUGCUGACCUUACUCAUGGACAUCGAUUCCCUGAUAACAAAGUGGAGAUCCAAUCAUGUGUUGUUGGUGCAGAGACAGUUAGGUACAAAAACAGGUACAGGUGGAUCAUCCGGCUACCGAUACCUUCGCGCGACAGUCAGUGACAGAUACAAAGCAUUCUUAGACCUGUUCAACCUAUCCAAUUAUUUAAUACCUCGUGAUUAUAUACCAAAACUCCACAUCAAUACAAGAAAAAGGUUGGCCAGCGUGUGUGCUUCAGCAAUUCAACAAACGCAGAAUGAAACUUCACAGACUUAAGCAAAACUUCCUUCAAAAGCAACAAAUGACGCUAUUGAACCAACAACCGUCUAUGUAUGGCAUGUACUUCAUAUUUAUAUGUAUUUAUUAUGAAUAUUUCUAUUUUUUCAAAUAUACAGCUCUUGGAUUGA